AUGUCAGAGGAUGCGCAGCGCUUCGCCUGCCCGCUCUGCGACAAGCAGUUUGCUCGCCGCGACUUGAUGGCCCGCCAUCACCGCCGCUGCCAGAACGCUUCCAAGACAUCGAAACGCAAGGCCUGCGACGAUUGCGUCCGCACCAAGUCCAAAUGCUGCCUCACCCGCCCAGCAUGCUCUCGCUGCCUUGCUCGCCGCCAGCCCUGCUCGUUCCAGACCUCCAGCCAACAACCCGUCCGUCAGCAUGACGCCGAUACAGAUGCGCUGCUUCACUCGCUGCAGAUGGAAGGCUUACAGGGCUCCACGAGCCCCAUAAUCUGGUCGCCGCGCGCGGGUUCGGCUGAAAUGCCCACCCCCGGUGCUUUUGGUGACCUGCUGGCGACUCCCAAGUCUAGCAUGCAUCCAGCGCUAAACGCUGGCGGCCCUCCGGACUUAUAUCUGCCUGACUGGUCCAGCCUCUUUCCUCAGGCGCUCCUGCAAGGGACCGAUCUACCUAGCACCGGAAGCGACACAAUGCCGCCCUUUUUUGAGUCUUCGAGCGGCCAAGGCGGCCGUUUGACUGGUGACACGCCAUCCUCUGCCGCCUCAUCAACCUCGUCGGGCCCUCGUCACCUCGAUCUGCCUUUGUCUGACAAGCACCGUCGCACGUUUACGCAUGAGGACCUUUUGACAAUCGUAUGCAACUACGCCGACCUAUUAAUGGAGGACGAUUACAGGUCCCCGCUCGUCCACCAUACACUGUACGCCUUCCAAGGCUCUUACGGUGAUAUCACAGCCAUGGUCCAAUCGAGAACUGCCCUGUGCUACCAUUCAGCCACUGCCAAUGAGAGAAGUGCUCGCUUCGCUCGCCGCGCAACCGCCGCCCAGCGUGAGCGUCUGAUGCACGAAUUUUUGUCGUGUGUUGAAGAGUGGGAUGCGCUCCAUGCAAUGCUUAUCUACCAAAUCUCGGCUUUAUUGGAUAAUGGCGAGGGCAGCUCCAAAACCAACAUGAAGGCAGCUGAAAUCCAUAUUCCGUUUCUUCUCAAGAUGGCCCGAAUAUUCCGCAAGAACCAUUCUCAAGAGCUAAGUUCUGGUGGUGCGGCCAACUGGGCCAGCUGGCUCGUGGCCGAAACCGUCCGUCGCACGCUCUUCAUGGUCAACAUCAUCAACAUCCUCACCGGCAGUGACGAGAACGGUCGUGCGUCUUACUACUAUGAGCCGCUGGAUGAUGAUUACAUCUUUUCCAUGCCGCUGCCGGCCCCCAAUGAUGUGUGGGGAGCUCGGUCAGCCACGGAAUGGCGUGAUGCUCGUGAGCGGUCUGGGUGGUCGGAUGAACUCGCCGACACCCUUGACAGCAUCAAAGGGCCGGACCGCGAUCAAGUCCUUGCACGCCUGUACUCCGCCGAACCGGGACUUUCAAGUUCAUCCGCACUGCGAGAUUUGAUCAUUGCUUGUCAUUUACUACUCUAG